UUUCCUUUCAUUGCUUGCGAAUAGUCCUUCGUUCACAGCUUCUCUCUUUUACUGGUAUCUCCUCUUACAUAUUAACUCUCGUUCUGCAAUGCCUCGCUUUGUGCCGGUUGCUCCCCUCUUGCUCUUCGCGCUUCUCCUUGCAUUGGCCACUGAAGGAUUGGCGGGACCAUCGUGCGCUCGCCGCAAUCAGGGCAAUAGUACAUGCCCUUCCACCUGCAAGAAGAGAUGGGGAUACCCUGGAAGAGUUAUGGGUACUGACCCAUGGGGACAGGUUAUGACAGUGACCAUGACCGACAUGGGCUCUGUCCUCACGAAAGCUUGCCGCGUUCGUCCUACCCCAUCAAGCAGCUCGUCGCCAUCAUCUGCUGCGGUCAUACCUACAUCUGCCGGCGUUGCCAAUGUUGGCGGUGCAUUGCCUAGUUUUGUGUCCGUCUCCUCUUCUACCGUUUUCUCAAACGUCGCCUCCGCAGUUCAAAGCACCUCCUUGUCUCUGUCGUCUUCAGUCGUCCAGACGACUGCGCUGACAUCGCAAAUUCUUUCCCCGGCCUCUACCAGUCGGUUUAUUACAAGCUUCACAUCGGCGGCCUCUGUGCCGCCGCCUAGCCCGACCCCGAAGCAGCCGUCGCCUGAGCCUUCCCCACAGCCUUCUCCAGAACCGGCUCCUUCCCCCGUUCAAGUCAGCGAGGACACGGCAAAGCCUUCCACCACUUCUCAGGCUCCUCCUCCUGCUCAGACUACAGCUACUCAGGCUCCUCCUCCUGCUCAGACUACAACUGCUCAGGCCCCGCAAACCACUGAAUCUGCCUCUGCCUCUGCUUCUGGUUCCGACGCCUCCAGCAGUGAUAUCGAGCAGUACUUGAACGCUCAUAACACGGUCCGCGCACAGCAUGGCGCUGUACCUUUGACUUGGAGCAAUGAACUCGCCAGCAAGGCUCAACAGUGGGCAAACGGCUGCGUAUUCCAGCAUUCCGGCGGAACCCUGGGACCUUUCGGAGAGAACCUCGCUGCUGGAACUGGCAGCUCUUACGAUAUUGCUACUGCUGUUGGGUCUUGGACAAGCGAAGUUUCCCAAUACGAUCCGAACAACCCUGUACCAUCGCACUUCACCCAGGUUGUUUGGAAGGCCACUACUCAGGUUGGAUGUGCUGAGCAACAGUGCAGCGGCAUCUUUGCCGCGAGCUUCGGGCUCGCAAGCUACUUCGUCUGCGAGUAUUCCGUUCAGGGUAAUGUGAUUGGAGAGUUUGCGCAAAACGUACAGGUUUAGAACACAGGCGCUUGCAAAAGCUUGCCCGGUUGAGCUCUGUUGAACUUGGGAUUCCCCGCGGCUGGUAUCCGCACUUUACUUCGAAUUCUUUGAAAACUCUUUGUAAC